GUCGAGAUGACAUUCGUCGGCGGUGUGAAGCAGCAGAUGUACGGCGGGACGCUGCCCGGCGUGUACGUGUUUAAACAGCUGCACUUCCACUGGGGUCCGAACAACACUGUAGGCGGGUCUGAGCACACCAUUGACGGCAAACGAGCUCCGUUGGAGAUGCACGUCGUGUACGUGAACGAGAAGUACGGGACGGUUUCUGAAGCGGCCAAACAUCCUGGCGGCAUUGCUGUGCUAGGCAUUCUAUUCAAGAAUGCCGAGGCAUCUAGCCACCCCCUCGUCGGCUUUAUAGCCGGAUUCGGUCCAGAGCUACAGAAGUUCGAUGCCCCGGAGUUGGUCGUCAAGAAACCACUGGCCAUUCAGUCAAUACUGCCCCAUGCGCUGAACAACUACUACACGUACAAGGGGUCACUGACCACGCCCGGCUGUCAAGAGGGAGUCAUUUGGACCGUGUUCGAGGAGCACUUCAAGGUUUCCAACCGUGAGCUCGAGUUCUUUCGAAACGUGGAAGGAAAACACGGCCUCUUGACAAGCAACUUCCGUCCGGUUCAGAAGACUAACGGGCGUACAGUUUCAUACGUGUCUCCGGCGCAAACUGCGGCGCAGACAUCCAAAGGGUCACCUAGUGGUAAAUCAGCAGGGAUCUUUUUCAUUGCCUUCACUGGAUCCCUUAUUGCCCUGUUCGCUAUUGUGAAGUGAAUUUAGUUUGAUUGGCUUCGCUCAUCUGCGAAGGCUAUCACAGAAUAAUUCCUUCGAUUCGCUCAGCGCAAUACAAAU